GUAGUUUAUAAGUGGAAAAAUGAAGAGGUGAUUCAGGAAAGAUUAAUUCCGAUAAGAACAAAAAUUUAUUUAUAAAGUUCGAGAAAUCAAAAAAUUAAAAAUUUGGAGUAAAAAAAAUGAUGCUAGAAUUAGAAAAUUUUUAUUUCAGAUCAAAGAAGUUGGCAAUUAAAGACCGUAUCAUGAUCAAGAAAAUCAAUCUAAUUACAAUCAUGAUAUGUAUAUUUGCGUCGUUUGGUUUUUUAGGUAUAUAACCUUAAAAUUAAAACAAAAACUAAGUCUUGCAAUACAUAUCUAUAUCUGCUUUAUGGAUAGCUUAACUUUGGUGUUUAUUAGAUUUUUAUUUAAUACAUUUUAGAUUUAAUACGAUUAAAGGUAUCAUCAACUUCAGAAUAUGAACAACAAUCAACUCCUCUAAAACAACCUGACUUUAUAAUCUAAUAUUUGCAAAAUUGUUUGAUACAUCAAAAUACUUUACCC